UGCAACGUGAACGCUCCGAGCCGCUACUUUGCCGGCUAAAGCCGCGUGCAAACGCGACUCUCGCUCGUCCUCCCCACUGGAAUCCCCCCUCCCCCCGAAAAUUCCCCACUCGCCGUCAUUUUCGCGCUCAAAGUGACUCCUCCGACCCUUUCGUCCUCAGUAUUCGGUCGAGUGUCUACCCUGCGAAAUCGCGGCGUUUUUGUAGUUUGAGAUUCUCAAGCCUCAAUGUGUUUUGGCCCCUCCUUGGGGAGGGGAGAAGGGGGGAGGCGACUUGGUGUGAACUUGUGCUCGCGAUACAAUUUUUAUUCCGCGUGUGCUUUUCUUUUUUUUUUUUUUUAAUCUGAGCAGGAAUAAUUGCGAUCUGGUGGAGAAUUAGGGCCUCGAAGGUAUUUUCACCGCGCUGAAAAAAGAAGUUUCUUUCCCGUUCCUUGAGAAACGAUUGCCAGCGAUUUUUUCGAGGAACCUUCUCACGGCGAGUCGACUCGAACGCGACAGGAUUUACCGACAGCGAUUGACAGGAUUUACCGCCGCUCGCAAUGAAAAUAUGAUCCCAGUGUCGAACUCGGGAAUUUGAAGAUGAGACGUUGCCAGAAGUGGAGGGACACCGCCUCUUGAGGGGGUGGAUUCUCUUUCACGCGGAGAAAAAGCCAAGCAUUCUCGCAAUGAGGAGUUCAUGAAAAAUGGACGAAGCGCUCGCUCCACCGCACGAGGGGCGCCACGAAGUUCCGAGACACACCGUGGUCUUCGACCAUCACGGUAACGAGAUAUCAGCUGGAACAAGCUCGAUCCGCGAACUUGCCGCAGCCAAGUCGAACUCGAAAUCUUCGUAAGCCUCGAUACCGCGAGAUGCACGUCGAUACUCGGGUACGUCGGUGCACACUCUUCCAUCAUCGGCGGUGGUCUUGCAUCUUGGUGCGUCGGGGAACGAUGGUUGUUGCGCUCGAACAACGGACUGUGGCCGAACGGUUUCCAGGCGUGUAGACAUGCAGAGAGGCAGUGCGCGCUGGAAUGGAAGUCAGUGAGCCACCGGACGAGGACGUGGACCGAUCGAUAGACAGUCUCAGCACGACUUCCGGCAUCGAGCGCCUCUCCGAGUCGCUCAACUCGAGCGUCCGCGACACGUUCAACGCUUCCGCGGACGCUUACCAGCCAGCGACCAUCAUCUGGACCGCGGUGAAGGGCGUGGUGAUCAUCAGCAUCAUCGUGACCGCUCUGGUUGGCAACGUGUUGGUGAUCGCCAGCGUCAGGCGGCACCGGAAGCUCCGCGUGCCGACGAAUCGGUACGUGGUGAGCCUGGCGGCGGCGGACUUCCUCGUCGCGGUUUGCGCCAUGUCUUUCAACGCGUCGGUCGAGCUGACCGGACAGUGGAUGUUCGGGAGGGUGAUGUGCGACGUGUGGAGCUCGUUGGACGUUUACUUCUCCACCGCCUCGAUCCUUCACCUAUGCUGCAUCAGCGUGGACAGGUACUACGCGAUCGUCCGGCCACUCGAGUAUCCCGCCAUCAUGAGGAGGAUCACGGUCACUUGCAUGCUGGGCAGCGCCUGGCUUCUGCCUGCUCUCAUCAGUUUCAUACCGAUAUUCAUGGGCUGGUACACCACCGAGGAACAUUUGGAGGAGCUGAGGAAGAAUCCUCAGGUGUGCAUGUUCGAGGUGAACCGGCCAUACGCGGUGAUUAGUUCCUCGGUCUCCUUCUGGAUCCCCGGUCUCGUGAUGAUCGUGAUGUACUGCAAGAUCUACAAGGAGGCCGUCCGUCAAAGGGAGGCGCUCAGCCGUGCCUCCAGCAAUACCGUCCUGAACAGUGUUCACAUGCACCGGGCGUCCACGUCGAGGCACCAUUCCAGGGCGUCCCAUCAGCUGUUGCUGCACCCGAGCGACGCCAGCGACUUUGCCAGGCCCGUCACUUAUAGAACCGCCGCGGAGUUGAACGUGGAGAACGGUACAUCGAUACGACAGCAAACGAAAAGCUGGAGGGCCGAGCACAAAGCAGCGAGGACGCUCGGUAUAAUAAUGGGCGCGUUCCUCCUCUGCUGGCUGCCAUUUUUCCUUUGGUAUCUAACAACGUCCCUGUGCGGCGAGGCCUGCUACUGUCCAGACACGGUGGUGUCCGUCCUCUUCUGGAUAGGUUACUUCAACAGCGCCCUGAACCCGCUCAUCUACGCGUACUUCAACCGCGACUUCCGCGAGGCCUUCAAGGACACGCUGAUGAGCGCGCUCCCGUGCUGCGCCAGCUGCUGGAAAACCCCGUCGGAGUUCGUCUAGCGGGAGAAAUAACGCCGCGAUAGCGCCUCGAGCGAGAAGCUGAUUCUUGCGAUCCACUGGACAAAUAUCGCUGUCCAACGAUUGUCCAAACUUGCCUAAGUGCAUCUCGUACGCGUUGUCUGUCGAAUGUUUGUCUGUCUGUCUGUCUGUCUGCCUGUAUGGAUGGCUUGCUGGCUGGAUGUUGCGUGACUGAUGCGAGAGUGUCGAAAGGAGGACGAUACAUAGGUAUGACGACGAAGAAUAAUUUUUCUAACGAAAGUACAUUGGCUAUCAACGCGUUUCGGGUCGAUUGGUGUUGAUUGAUUGAGCGUUUAUUGGAUUAAAUUCCAACACCACUUUUAAAGGGAAUAUAUCUAACGCGAAUGUCCCUUGAACUUGGGAGUUUACGUUUUGCGAACUUUUGAUAUUUCUUACCUGAUAUCGCACGACACGGUUUGUCGAGAUACUCGAGAUGUUCAAACAUGGGAAUACAUUUUGGUAGAGAGCUGCGUUAACGCUGGAACUGCCAAACUGGUCUCGAUAUGACCAAUUUAGAAUAUACUUCUGCAGAUUUACAACGUUGUGUUUCCAGUGGUUUGGAUAAUUUUUGUAAAAUUUCAGUUUUUAUAGAAUUUUAAUUCAAUACACGAAUAAAUCACACAGUUUGUGUCCUUCGUUGUAUCAUAAACUUUUUGUUAUUCGUUUUACACUCUAAUUUCUUCGAUGCAAUCUUUCCGCUUUAGCCUUUGGCAGUUCUAGCGUUAAGCCGUGUCUGAAUAACGUCCCUGCAACGUCUUACGACGAUACGAUCUUUGAUCUCGAGAGGGAUUUUUUUAUUUUUAUGAAAUGGCUCUCGAAUUGCCAUCGAUAAGAAACAAUCACAAUGAACGAAUUAUUUAGAGCCAUCAUUCUCAGUAGACUCUCAAAUGCAACGAGGAGUAAAAUUCUAGUAGUAAUUUUCACCAAAAAAAAAUUCGCAUUUGCACCUUGCGUGACCUUCGAAGUAUUGGUCAUUGAAGAAGGAAAUUUGCUAUUUGAAUCCCCAAUGGGGGGUGGGAGAAACAAAAGGAAAACUCACCAAGAAGAAAUAGUCACUCGAAUCGGGUCGAUGGAAAUAAUUUUCCAUUACGUAACUUUGAAUUUUUAUCACGAAGGCAUAAGAGAGAAAAAUUGGCUCCUCUCCACGAGGAGAAACAAGCCGCUGGCCAAACGUUCAAACGCGUCACAGAAUAAUUAACGAUCGGCCGGUUGAUUUCUUUAAUUGGCUUCUCGCGGCGGGGUUCCCAGUUUAAUUAAGAAAUCGCCUGCGGAAGUGGAAGCUUCCAUCCUCGAAAACUCUCCUCUUCCCUUCCGUUUCGUUUGAUUUGUCGCUGGCAAGCUUCGGCGAGUACAGAAUUCGCGGGACAUAAAUUUCCGC